GUUUGCCUUGUGCUAAUUGUCAUAUUGACACCCGCAACAAUGGUAACAAGGCAGCUAUUACUGGUGAAACUGGCUUCUACUGUUGGCCAGCUUAUACCAUUCAAGCCACGACUUGACCUUUGACACGUUAUCACAGCACCGACGUGGACAUUUUUUUCAACACCUGAAGACAGAAGCUGUUGAAGUUUGUGCCUUCCAGUUACAACAUACCAGUAUCUAUAAUGGGAACACUGGCGAAUAAUGCUGUAAACUUGCUAAUAUUUUCUGCUACAGCCUACUUAUCAUGGCAUAUUGAGUGUGUGGUACAAUAUUUUGUACCUGAUCGUCACAAGGAUGCUAUGUUUGAUAUCAAAGAUGCUAGUUUAUAUUACCCAGCUAGGAGCACCCUUCCACUUACCAUGUUGGUACAGGCAGUUGCUGUCACCUCCUUUGUUGUGCUGGCUUUGGGUGAGCUUACAUGUGUCUUGUGUGGUAAAUACUCAUUGAAACAUGGUUUGUUCAACUUCUACUAUCUUUAUGGUGCUUUUCUUUUCGGAUGGUGCUUCCAUCGCAUCUUCGUCAUGGUAACCAAAGGAAUGCUGGUCUCACCACGCCCAUCUUUCCUGGAAUCCUGUCAACCGGAUAUGUCAAAAAUUUCCUCGCAAGACCUUCUGGUGUCCUUUGACAAAUGUUCAAAUCAGAAGUCACUGAAAGAUGCUAGCGGCGCUUUCCCUUCAGGUCAUUCAGCACUGAUUUAUUAUGAGUGCUGCUUCUUAAUGUUUUACAUUGACAACAAGUUACCAGAAAACACUCCUAAACUGUUGAAAGGUCUUCUGCAAGCAGUUUUGUUCCUGGUACCAUUUUUUGUCUCUUUGACAAGAAUAGUUGACAAUAGACAUUGGUGGAGUGAUGUCAUAGCUGGAAUUCUCCUAGGAGUUAUACUAGCUAUAUGGGUGGCAAAUAUAUGCGGUCUUUUUAGAAAACAUACAGGGAAGCCACCUAAGAAAAUUAAGGCCAAGAAAGAAUAAGUGUUAUCAAAAUUUGAAUCAAAAAGUUACUAGUUUACAUUCCAUAAUUUGAUUAGUGAUUUAAUUAUUGUUUAAAAAAGUUUGCACUAAAUUAAAAUGAUGGCGCUACUGAACAUAUCAAUACAUGUGCAAUGCAUUGUGGGAGAGAAGAACCUAUUGAAAAUAAUAUAAGCUCCAUGAUCUUGUAUAUAAUGACGUCAGAGGAGUGUUAAUAUCUAAGAAUGUCAUUUUCUAACAACUCACUACAAUUGGCAUUAUCAAAUUCUAUGUCAACUAAAAAUUUGAGAUGUGAACAAAAUAUUUUACCAUAGAAACCAAAAUUUUGUCAUGAAAUAUAGUUCAAGGACCACAAUUUUUUUUUAAGGGCUAACACAAUUAACCCAUACAAUGAAAGCUAGAAAACUAUU